CUUCAGUCUGGCUGAACCCGCCUCUUCCCUGCAUAUAAAUUCAAACCUGAGAGCACCGUGUGUGAGAACACACACGCUGCUUUAGCAAAGCCUGGGUCUUCUGGUACUGACACGUCUCCGAUUUCUGGGAUCACUGGAUGGAAAUGUCUGGUGCAAUCAAACCUGUGACGUCUUUCCUCAUUGAGGACAUCCUGUCCAGUAAGGACUGCAAGAGAGUGGACGGCAAAUGCAGCUCGCCAAGGAGGGAAAAAUGCUCCGACUGGAGAGAGGAGUCUGAAAAGUUGUCAACACACCUUUAUCCUGAGGAAUCUACCUUUGGAAUGCACACAGAGUCUCCGGACACGUCCCAUCCCGGGUCCUCAGAGUCGAGCUCCCCAGGAAAACGGAAGCGGUCCAGAGCGGCCUUCACGCAUCUUCAAGUGAUUGAACUGGAGAAAAAAUUCAGCCACCAGAAAUACCUAUCAGCCCCAGAGAGGGCCCACCUGGCCAGCACCUUAAGACUGACCGAGACCCAGGUCAAGAUCUGGUUUCAGAACAGGCGGUACAAAACGAAGCGAAAGCAGCAGACUGCAGAGCUCUGCAAGGAUGCGUACAAAGCAGAGGGACUGGGCUUGAGAGAGGAUUUGGUCAGAGCAUCACUAUUAACCUCCUUCUGCAAAGCCUACCAGUACAGACCCUACCUGUGGGACUACUGUGGAGCCUGGGGGCCAAUGUUGUGGUAGAAAAGUCACGACAGAUGAUGAUUAGCCAAUGCUAACGGACUCGAAGUUUCUUCUCUUUUAAGCAAUACGCGUUGAACUGCCUGGAUGCUUCUCUUUUAUAUAAUAAUGUUGUCCAAAGAAUCAAGCUGUGUCUUGCAUGGAUGGUAACUUAAAUCAAACUGUUUGGCAUUGGUGAUUAUUUUAUUAAUAAAUUAUAUUUUUUUUGCUUAAGCUCAUUUUUCUUGAAAACUCUUUGCAGAAAGAAUUAUUCACAGCAAGAACUUUGUGUAAUUCACAAAAAUUUUAGAUAACAUCAUAAUCUAU